AUGGCUCCUCACGCCGCUGUCCUCCUCUCCCUCCUCCUGCUCACCACCUGCGCGGCGGACACGCACCUCCACUUCUUCCUCCACGACGUGGUCUCCGGCAGCAACCCGACGGCGGUGCAGGUCAUCAAGGGUCCUGCCUCGUCGUCCAACGCCCUCCCGGGCGUGGCCUUCGGCGACACGACCGUCAUCGACGACGCGCUGACGGAGUCCUCGUCGCCGACGUCGGCGCCCGUGGGGCGCGCGCAGGGGUUCUACAUGAUGUCGUCGCAGUCGGGCAUGGUGCUGAUGAUGUGCGUGAACCUGCUGCUCACCACGGGGGACUACAACGGCAGCACGCUGGCCGUCAUCGGCCGCGACGACGUCAUGACCACCACGCGGGAGCUCUCCGUGGUGGGCGGCACGGGGAAGUUCCGGAUGGCGACGGGGUACGUGGUGUGGAAGACCAACAGCUCGAGCGGCGCCGACGCCACCAUCGAGCUUGACGUCUACACCACCGGCCUCAACGGCACCACCAUCGACGCCAACGCGCCCGUCUCCCCCAUCGACGGGGGCGGCGCCGGUGCGGCCGGCGGCGCCACCGGCAAGUCGUCCUCGGGCGCGGCGGCGCUGAGAGGAGCAGUGCCGUACGGGUGGGCCAACGCGUGGGUGGCCGCCGUCCUUGUAGCUCUGGCUGGUUGCGUUUGGUGA